UGUGACGUUACCGAACUGAUCCUCCAAACGAACAGCUCAUUUUCAACUUCAUGGUGACAAAUUCAACACCUCGUUUGAUUACUAUUCCUUAAUAACCGUGAGUUUUUUUUCCCCAAAAUGGUGGCCGUUUUUUUUUUUCGUCUUUUGACCGAAAUGGACCCGGGAAAGAAACCGGGCGCCAUCUUUGGGACGGCUGCGGUUUCAAAAGAAUCAGAAACGUUGCCAAAAUUGAAUCAACGUCGUCGGAAACAACGUGGAACUCGCCCUGGAUCUUGAAGCCGCGGUGCACGACGAAGGCCGAGCUCAGCACAGAGAACCUGAAUCCAGCCACAUGCAGCUCGCACGCCUGGACAACGAAACAGAAACACCAGAAGGCAGGUGUUGACGUGUGUUUCUGUGAAAUCUACAGGAUGUCCACUUCCCCGAACCCAGUAGCUGCAGUCUGUCAAGUUACGGCAACCCCAGACAAGGAGGCCAACUUCUCUGCCUGUAAACAGCUGCUGGAGGAAGCCAGGCAGCGAGGGGCCUGCAUGGUGUUCCUGCCAGAGGGAUUUGACUACAUUGGAUCCAGCAGAGAGGAGACACUGUCAAUGUCAGAGCCUCUAGGAGGGGACAUAAUCUCCCGAUACACUCAGCUUGCCAGGGAUUUGGACGUGUGGGUGUCUCUCGGAGGAUUUCAUGAACGAGGACACGACUGGGAGAACGACAGACGUAUUUACAACAGCCAUGUUAUCGUUAAUAACAAAGGUGACAUCCUGUCAGUCUACAGAAAGUCCCAUUUGUUUGAUGUGGAGCUGCCGGAAAAAGGUGUGUCACUCAAAGAGAGUGCCUUCACUAUACCCGGAGCCUCCCUGGUUCCUCCAGUCCAGACUCCAAUUGGCAGGGUCGGUCUGGGCGUCUGCUAUGAUUUGAGGUUUCCUGAGUUAUCGCUUGCUUUGCAAACACACGGUGCAGAUAUCCUUACGUAUCCAUCUGCUUUCACCGUAGCAACAGGAGCUGCUCACUGGGAGGUGUUACUGCGUGCCCGGGCAAUAGAAACACAGUGCUUUGUCCUGGCUGCAGCGCAGGUAGGCCGGCACCACGAGAAGCGUUCGUCCUACGGCCACGCCUUAGCCGUCGACCCCUGGGGGGAAGUGGUGGGUGACUGUGGAGGGGAGAAGCCAGGCAUGGUGCUGGUGGAGAUCAACUUGGACAAAGUUAAUAGGACCAGGAAGAACAUGCCUGUCCAACAGCACCGCAGGGACACUGCUUUUUACCACAGUAUGAGUCAAACCAGUUUGUGAUUAAAAGUGGAAAGAUAAAAUUGUCUUUUUAAGCUGGACAGAAUGUCAGAAUUUCAUUGAUAAAUAAAUGAGAAUAAAAGCU